AUGAAAGCAAAAACAGUUAAAGGAAAUUGGAGCUUCAGAACGACUAGGCUCACUUUCCGUUACGUUUUUCUCAUAUGCAUCUUCUUCUUCUUCGCUGGAUUCUUCGGUUCUACUCUCUUCUCUCACUCUCAGGAUGGUGAUGGAUAUGGCUUGAGGCCGAGACAGAGGCUGCUUGAAUCGGCGAGGGAGAGUAAGUUCAAUUUGAUGAUUGCGGGAGAGUUUGGUGAUGAUUCCAUUACUUCGAUUCCUUUUCAGGUUUUGAGCUGGAAGCCACGAGCUCUUUAUUUUCCUAAUUUUGCAACUGCUGAGCAAUGUGAAACCAUAGUUGCGGCAGCAAAGGUAGGCCUCAAACCAUCAUCAUUAGCUUUGCGCAAGGGAGAAACUGCGGAGAAUACUAAGGGAAUUAGAACAAGCUCUGGUGUGUUUAUUAGUGCUUCUGAAGAUAAAACAGGGACUUUAGAUGUCAUUGAGGAGAAAAUUGCGAGAGCGACAAUGAUUCCUAGGAGUCAUGGAGAGGCAUUUAAUGUCCUACGCUAUGAGGUUGGUCAGAGAUAUAAUUCACAUUAUGAUGCAUUCAAUCCUACUGAAUAUGGCCCACAAAAGAGCCAAAGGAUGGCUUCUUUUUUGCUCUAUUUAACUGAUGUUCAGGAUGGUGGCGAAACUAUGUUUCCGUUUGAGAAUGGCUUGAACAUGGAUGGUAGCUAUGGCUAUGAAGACUGCAUUGGUUUAAAAGUAAAGCCAAGACAGGGGGACGGGCUUCUAUUUUAUUCACUGCUCCCCAAUGGCACAAUCGAUCAGACAUCACUGCAUGGGAGCUGCCCUGUGAUAAAGGGGCAGAAGUGGGUGGCUACGAAGUGGAUAAGGGAUCGUGAUCAAGAACAGGAUGAUUAG